GUUGCGGCUCGGCUCUGUAGGCUCACUGUGGGGUUGGUUGGCUUUGGACCGUGGUGCCAUUCUAAACGGGCCGUGAGCUCUACGGUUCCGUUUCAGCCACACGAGGACGAGCUGCGGUUCCGAAAGGCGCAGAAGAUCCGCAGAAGUACGGCUGCUUUGCUCGGUGCCGCAGUCCCGGCCAGAACCGGCGGAUAAUCCAUGCGGGGUUUCUGGUCCCGGUCCCGGUCCGCAUAUUUACGUUCUGGUUCUGCCGGAACGGUACCACCUAGGAGUUCCGACCCAGACUUUGUCCUAUAAUGAGCUGAGACGCGUUUCUGGUGAGUUUAUCCAACAUAAACGACCUUCUUCUCAUCAUGGCUAUUAAUACACAAGAAGUUCUUGCCGACCAGUUUCUCCUUCAUAAAGAAAGAAGCUCCAGUCCGGACCACAAGGAGCCAGAACCUCUGCAAAUGAAAGAUGAAGAGCAUACCUCAGAACCUCCUUUGGUUAAAGAGGAGCAGGAGGAUGAACCAACGCUUCCAAUUAUUAAGGAGGAAAUGGAGGAUACAGAACAUCCAUGGAAAAACACAGAAGAGCAGGAAGCUGCCCCUUCAGUGAAGAAAGAGGGAUGGGAGGAGCCAGCACCUCCUUUGAUUAAAGAGGAGCAGACUGAGCACAGCAUCAGUCCGGAUGAGGAGCAGCUUGUCCUGAAACAGGAGGCAGAGACCUCUAUGGUGACUGUUGAGUUUAAGGAAAGUGACCAAAGUGAGGCUGAACCGAAUGAGGACCAGCUCCCAUUGCAUCAUGGUCCUGAAGACGAGGAGCAAGACCAGGAAGCACGAAGGAGGGAUUUGGGAUUAAGCAACGCUCUUGAAACAAGUUUUGUUCAGAGACCCUGUUUAACAGGUUGUGAGCAAACUCACACAGGUGAGAAGGCCAAAGGUCACAGCACCAGUGUGAAGAGCCAGUUACCUGUAGACAGAAGGCAGACAGGUGAGAGGCCGUUCACCUGUGUGACCUGUGGGAAGAGCUUUCCUCAGAGGUACAUUCUGGUCUCGCACAUGAGAAUUCACUCAGGUGAGAGGCCUUUCACCUGCACAUCGUGUCAGAAGCGUUUCACACUAAGAAAGAACUUGGUUUGCCACAUGCGGACUCACGCGGGUGAGAAGCCCUUCCUGUGCACUACCUGUGGGAAGGGUUUCGCCCAGCAGGAUUACUUGAGGUCCCACCUGAAAACCCACUCAGGUGAGAAGCCGUUCUCAUGCACGACCUGUGGGAAAGGUUUUUCUCACCGACACAAUUUAAAUGCUCACGUGAAGAGUCACACGGGCGAGAAACCCUUUCCAUGUGCAACGUGUCACAAACACUUCAGAUUUAAGUGUGAUUUGACUCGCCACGUCAAAACUCACACGGGCGAGAAGCCUUUUGCCUGCGUGACCUGCGGGAAGGCGUUCACCCAGCAGAACCACUUACGAGGCCACGUGAGGAUUCAUACGGGCGAGAAGCCUUUUCCGUGCGUGAUCUGUGGAAAACGUUUCACACAACGACACAAACUGAAUUACCACAUGAGCACCUACACAGACCAGAAGCCCUUCCCGUGUACGAGCUGUGCCAAAAGCUUCAAACUUCAAAGCUACUUGACUCGCCACAUGAGAACCCACUCAGGUGAGAAGCCCUUCGCCUGUGGGACCUGUGGGAAAAGCUUUAGCCAGCACAUUCAGCUGAGAUACCACACAACGACUCACUCAGGCGAGAGGCCGUUCACCUGCGUGACCUGUGAUAGAAGCUUUUCUCAGAGGUACAUUCUGGUCUCUCACAUGAGAACCCACUCAGGUGAGAAGCCUUUCAGGUGUAAGGCCUGUGGAAAACCUUUCUCUCACAGACACAAUCUGACGACUCACAUGAAGAGUCACACAGACGAGAAACCGUUUUCAUGUGCAACGUGUCCCAAAAGCUUCAAGUUAAGAACCCACCUGACCCGCCACACCAGGACCCACACCGACGGGACCGUGGGGAAGGGUUCAACCAGCAGGUUUUAUUGAGGGACCACACCAGAACCCACAUACACAAGCUGUGAAGAGUUUUUCUCCACGACAUCAAUGAAUUUCUCAUACGAGCACUCACACAGGCAGCCAGCCGCGCCCAUGUAGUCUGUCCCGAGAGGUUUAAGCUGAAAACGUAUUUCACCCAGCACAUGAAGAGUCACACACACCAGAAGCUUUUGCUCUCGAAGACCUGCGGGAAGGUGGCUUACCCCAUCCCAAAGGUUAGUAGCUUUCCAAAUGUUUGACUUGUGGGAAAAGUUCCAUUGUCGGAAUCCUGGGAACUAGAAUCUGCACAGGGGAAUUCCAACAUCUGUCCCAAAAAAAAAGCAAAUGUGUCAUUAAAGAGGCUUUCAUUUGUCCAGGGAGACUUUUUCCUAAACCAAGGACAAAUACCUACAGUUGAGCUCUUGAAGAGGAAAGCUUUAUUUGUAAAAAUCACAAGGUGCAGGGUUCCCACGCAUCCUGGAAAACCUGGAAAAGGGUAGACCAAUUUUCCAGUCAUGGAAAAUGCAAAAAAAAAAAAAAGAAAAGAAAAUGUCCUGUAAAUGUUUGAGUAAUCCUGAAAAAUGAUUUUCUCUCCUUGUGAAUAAAUACAAACGAGUGGGUAUCGGGCUGUAGCUUGUUUCAUUUCUGCAUCCUUCCGGCACGGCGUCCACGUGACGCUACCAACCAAUCAAAUGGCUUAACAGUUCUGCUUCCCAGCGCGGCCAUCUGUCUGCUGCUAGGUUUACACGUUCUAUUUCGUCUAGUCUUAGCCCUUAAGCUAGCUGCUAUUGGAAGGAUGAUCUCCGCAUCAGCCAAUCAUGAAGAGCUUAAAUGUACGCCCACCAAUAGUGGGCCCCCUCGUGGUAUAUAACCGCAGUGACCCCACUGCUCACCUCCUUUUUCUCUUCAUUUAGCCGAUUUAGCGGCUCAGGAGUCCGCAGGUGCGGUGUGUGUGUCACUCACUCUGGUUACUCCAACAGGGAGCCGGCUCUGAGAGCUGUUUCUUUAGCGACCGACACAUCACUGCAUCAUUCCCUUUCCUAAUGUCCUGAAGAACGGUCCGGAGCGCAGGCGGAGUGUUUAGCUAACCUGCAGGAAAUGUUGACGACAGUUAUCCAGAAAGUAGCUAAGGGUUACCAGAGAUGUUUCUGAGGUGUUCGCUAGGUACUUUUAGGAUUUAAAAAGUCAAGAAGGGGGUCUGAGAAGCUGCUAGAAAUAGCGUCAAAGUCACCAAGUUGGCAACACUGUGGAGGAGCGCUUCAUUUGCAACUCAGGGCAGCGCAAGUGAGAGGAGCAAAUAAUCGGCUUGUUUUGUUUUUUAUAAUCGUUCAAAACUCAGAUCGUAAUCGUGAUUAAAAUUCGAUUAAUUGAGCAGCCUUAAGUAUAAUACACAGAAUAUGAAGGAUAUGAGAUCUAUGGUGUAAAAAGUCGGCCUAAUUUUUGGUGUAGUGGUUGCUACCACCGGGGCUCACUGUGUUUCAAAGUGGACAAAGCUUUAUCCAUAAGGCAUCAAUAAACAAUCACAUGAGUCCACACAGAUCAGAAGCCCUUAGCCUGUAAACUCUGUGGUCAAAGAUUUCUCCAAAAGACAACUUUAAACAGACACAUGAGAGUCCACACAGGGCUCAAUGAACUCCUUUAACUACACAAGUACCAAAAAGAUCAUUGUAGUAUCUAGAUCCUAGAUAGUAUUGCAACCCUGGUUGUUGUCCUGUACCCUAGAUCAGGGUCUCUUCCAGACCAUGAGCCACCUCUUCCUGUCCUGCAAGCCCCAUAUUGUGGCCACUAAGCUGUAAAUGUUUCCAUCAAGAGGUGGCUCAGUAUUGUUACACAAUGAUGAGCUGCUGACCUAAGGUCUCACUUUUAGAGUGUUGCUGAAAAGUGUAGAACGCCAUUUAAGGCUUAAUCCGCCUAGCCUGCUGGUGGUGGUCAGAGGGAUCGGUGUAAAGCACUUACACCCCGCUUCUCCUCCAGCUUCACUGGCUGCCAGCCAACUUCAGGGUUCAUUUCAAGAUCCUGGUUCUGGUCUAUAGGGCCUUACAUGGACAAGCACCAUCUUACAUUGGUGAUCUUAGUCCCUACACCCCCAGCAGGUCCCUGAGGUCCAGUGACCAAAGCCUACUGGUUGUGCAGCACCAGGCUAAAGGUCAAAGGUGACAGAUCAUUUGCUGCUGUGGCCCCCAGACUCUGGACCUCUCUCCCCCUGAGCCUGAGAUCAGUGGACUCAGUGGUCUCCUUUAAGAAGCAGCUGAAGACUCAGCUGUUCAGGCUGGCUUUGAGAACAGUCUCUCCUGCUUCCUAAAGCUCUUUAUUUUAUUUAGGAUCUGAACUAAUCUUAUCUAUUUAAGAGCAUUAUAACUUGUUGUGUUUCUGCCUUGCUCUCUCUUUCACACUGGAAGCUUUUAUAGAAUAUGGUCUGUUAAUCUGUUCUAUUCUGUUUUAAUAAACCUUCGCUCACCUGC